AUGGCCGUCCCCAGAUUAACGCUCUAUCUCGAUAUCGUCAGUCCGUUUGCUUAUCUAGCGUAUUACGUGACGAGACAUUCUCCCACCUUUGCCAAAUGCAACGUGACGUACGUCCCCAUCUUUUUAGGGGGUCUUAUGAAGGCAUGCGAGAAUACGCCUCCGCUGCGGAUCAAAAACAAAGAUAAAUGGAUCGACCUCGAACGCCGCAGAUGGGCUCGCGCCUUCUCCGUCCCCAUGACGGACGCCAUGCCCAAGGGGUUUCCGCCACAGACCCUGGCCGUGCAGCGCGCCGUGUGCGCCGUGUCAGUGCUCUCGCCGAAUAACCUCAUCCCGUGCCUGGACGCGCUCUACCACUCGUUCUGGGUCGAUGGGAACGCCGACAUCGGGAAGCCGGAGGGGUUUCUGCCCGUGCUGGAGAAGACGCUGGGGGGAGAGACUGCGGAGGAGGUGUUGAAGGCGUCCUCCGAACCCCGAAUCAAAGACCUCCUCACCAGCAACACAGACAAGGCCUUCCAAUCCGGCGCUUUUGGCCUCCCCUGGUUCGAAUGCACCAACGCAGAGGGCCAGACGGAAGGAUUCUGGGGCGUCGACCAUCUGGGGCAAGUUGUGAAUUUCCUUGGUCUGGAUCGGAGUCUGGAUAGGGGGAUUUUCAAGUCGUUGCUGUAG